AUGGACAGCUUUGAACGUUUGAAAGCCCAGGGAAAUAGCUGCUAUCAGCAGCAGGACUAUGCUGGUGCCCUUAGGUGGUACGACCAAUGUCUUGAAGCGGACGCUACGAACCCAAUCGCUCAUAGUAACCGUGCGAUGUGCCUGAUCAAGCUAAAUAGAUCUCAGGAAGCCCAAAAAGCAUGCCAAGCUGGCCUGGCGUUGCUGAGGACCUCUCCUGGAAUCCCAAACCUCGAGCGAUUGCACCAGAAGCUCGAGUAUCGUCUACAAUUGGCCCAACAGCUUCUCCAAGGCUCAGAAGCCACUAGGACCGUGGAAACUCGCACAAUUCCCAUUCAAACUGUCGAGCAAUUACCACAGCACCUCGCAACACUUUAG